AUGUCUUCGGGAGGGGUUGAACGAUCUAGGCACACUCUAGACUUCUGGACUGGGCGGUACAUAGGCCAUUCCGCCAGCCAUGCAGACCAAGACCGCCAUGACCUGGCUGUUCUAACUGUUCGUGGCGUCCGAUCUACUGCACGCCUGCGCCAAAACCCCGUCUUUCUGCCCCUCGACCAGUCGCCAUUAUUCGGUGGGCUGGAUAGGUUUAGAGCCAAGCGCCGCCAUAUGCAGCCCGCGAAUUUGGAUUUCACGCGAUUCCCGCAGUGGAUUAUUGUCCAGAACCACUGA